CCUCUGUGCAGUACAAACUCGCUGUUGCUCACACAUUAUCAUUACACAGCAGCGGGAGGAGGGCGAGGAUGCGGAGAAACAGCUAACCACAGCCUUCCCUAACACCGGAGCUCCCUUUGCCACCGAAAAACCCCGGCCUGGACCCAAAACUGACAUGCAUCAAAUUCAGAUGGCCCUAACCAAGCUGCCUUCCUUCGUAAAGAGAUAGUGAGUCAAUGGCGUCCUUGGGGCAAUGAGAGACUCUUCUCUUUGGCCUGAAGCGCUGAUAACUGGAGAAAAUGUCCCGGUCUAUUCAUUACGGGGGAGUCUGUUGCCUAUUCUUUUUGGUCUUGGCGUCCUGUAUGACCUCCCUAACCAGCGCGGCCUUGGUUUCGGACACAAAUCGCACGGAAAAUGGCGUUCAGAAUCAGAAUGCUAGUACAUGGAGAGAUGAAGGGCUAGUCCCAGCAGCGCACAACAAAGUGAGCCAGAUAAUUGCCCGAGAGGGGAGUUGCGUGCUGAUUGAUUGUAAUGUCACCGGAGAGCCGUUCCCCAAUGUGUGGUGGUUCAAUUCCCACGGAGAGAGGCUGGACACUGACAACGGUGGAAAGUGGUGGCUGCUGGACAAUGGCGUCUUGAACAUCUCAGAUAUCGAGUUUUCAGACCGGGGCAAAUACACGUGCGUCGCCUCCAACGUCCACGGCACCUCCAACUGCACCGUCACCCUGCGCGUGGUCUUCACUAACGGAGAUAUGGGGGUGUACUACAUGGUGGUCUGUCUGGUCACCUUCACCAUCAUCAUGAUAAUGAACGUGACGCGCCUUUGCAUGAUGAGCAGCCAUUUGAAGAAAACCGAAAAAGCCAUUAACGAAUUCUUCCGCACUGAGGGAGCCGAGAAGCUACAGAAGGCGUUCGAGAUCGCCAAACGCAUCCCGAUAAUCACAUCGGCGAAGACUUUGGAGCUAGCGAAGGUGACGCAGUUUAAGACGAUGGAGUUUGCGCGGUACAUUGAAGAGCUGGCACGUAGCAUUCCACUCCCACCGCUAAUCAUGAACUGCCGCACCCUGGUGGAGGAGAUUUUGGAGGUGGUGGGCGUGGAGGAGAUGCGGCACGCGGCGGGGAGAAUCGCCAUGGGACCGCGCGACGUUUUCAGCAUCCUCCAAGAACGGCACGAACGGGAAACACGAGCGCGGGAAAGGAGCGAAUCCCCCGCCGCCGAUUCCGAUAACUCCUCCGCGCACGAGCAGCCGCAGCUCAUGGCCAUACAAGUGUCAGUGCACCCCCCGCUGGUCACAGGAGAGUACUGCAGCGUCGAACAGGAGCCAACACAACCUCCGCCCGAGACAGUUAACUCCGAAAUUCCCCCUCUGGCCCCACUCCUGCAGGAAGAGCCCGAGGAACAACCACCCCCUCAGCCCGUUCAGGUGUUCUACGAGAGCCAUGUCUAAACCUGCUAUGCAUUUCACUGUAGACAAAAAAAACUCCACUCUCCAAUCACAUUUCAGUUCUCCAUCUUGAAUGUACUUGAAAAAGGUGAUUUCUGCUGUUGAACUAAUGUAAUAAGCGAAGAAUUGUAACAGGACUUAACGUUAAGUGUCGAGGAUAACGGCAAACGUAAUAUUUUGACCACUUGACUCAACAGGUCUGGAAGCGAAAUGUCCUUCAAAGAAUUCAAAAGUUUAAUGGAGCUUUACUAUAAAACACAUUUUACUUAGAAUAUGUUAAAUUUCAUAAGCCUGAAUUAUAAAUGUAUUUAAAAGACUUCAUCAUACCCAGAAAUUUGUCUGGGAACCUGUUUCCAGAUCUUGAGCGAGGCCCGGUCAGAACUACUUUAGCUGGAGGAUUUCCUUAUUGUGCAUCUUUGUUUUGGGCAAAAAAUUUCCCUAGGCAUAGCACAAAUUUAAGCUGUGGAGGUAAAGGAUGAGUUUAUUUCAGAAGAUAGAGUAUCCUUAAGUCCGCCACACCCUACAGGAGAAUUUGCCUGCGUUCGUGGAAGCGUAACUUGACUUUGUGUCUGCGUGUGGGAUUCUGAAGCCGCUGCGCUCCUCGUGUGUGUGUGGUGUCAGUGUCAGAUUGUAACCACCAAAACAUCAGCAACAUUACGAUAAAAGAGAGAAAACAGAGUGUCAGGGGCAAAAACGGAGUGACGGACACAGAAGCACAAGAUACAAACUCGGUCCAGUUCACAAAACUGCACUUUUAAUCCAGUUUGAGGCGUUCUUUAAAAGUAAAAAGGCGAGAGUAGUUCCUCACGUGUUUGUUUACAUCAACACAGUGCACGGAUCGAGGUGAAGCUGCAGAUUAGUGAUAGUGACUCUACUUCCUGUGGACUUUAUCGCCAAUCUUUUAUGCUUUAAAAAUCACGUAUCUGAAGUAUUGCACAUUUCACAAAUUAUAAUAACACAGUUUUGACUUGUAUCUAAACUAGAAGUGCAGUGUGUCUUUUGAACACUUAAGAGUCUCAUAGCGAGUUUUUUUUAAUUUAUUUUUUUACUGUAGACAGGAAACAGCUGAUGUGAUCGUGCUCACAACUUUAUAGUCUGCUCCGCAAACAUAUCUCGUCUUUACGAUCGCAGAUUUCAAGUCUCAUAAGAUUCUCCUCGUGUCUGUUUCUGCACUUUUUGUCGCACAUUUAAAAAUGGUUUAAGACCAAAAAAUCCUGUAGUGUGUGGCGGCCUUAAGCUGGAGGGAUUUACUUCUUUGUUUUGGGUUAAAAAGGUUCCUAGGCAUUGGACACAUUUAAGCCCUGGAGUUUAUUUCAGAAGAUAAAUUAUCCACAAAAUGAAAACACAAUAACGUACAGUAAAUGGAUCAGUCAUCACAAAUUGUCAGUCAAACCCAACACCAAUUUCCUGCAAAUUCACAAUUCUUGAAGUGCUAAUUACCUGUUAGUGGUCAAAAUAUUAUGUUUAUUAUGUAUUUAUUUUGUACACAUUAAAUCUGCCUCAAAUCUUGGUCUUUUGCCAUUUCAGACCAAGCUUUGCACCAUCCACCAAUCCAGCGUCAUUGUAAUUUCACACUCACCAGAAACAUUCGCUGGAUCGAAACCUCACAUUUUCAUGAUUGUACAGCCUUGAAAACAUAAUCCAGGUAAAAUUUGGAUAGAAGUUACAUUUCAUUUGCGAAAGUAUUAAAUCAUUAUUAUAAUUAUUAGCAUUUGUGGUGUGUUUUAGUUUCAGCUUUUUCCUUUCCUAAUGUGUGCAAUUCUUUAUAAGUUUUAUUUCCUGAAUACUUCCGCAGAGGCCUGUUACUUUUGCAUGUGAUCCAGACGGUCGACAUCUUUGUACUGGACUGAAAAGGACUAGUUUUUCUUACUUUGUUUGGCUCAAAGUCAACAAACUCUGCUUUCACCGGUGCUCUUCAAAUGCCUCUUUUGUAGUGAAUAAAAAGUGCUGUGUACAGAAA